CAACAACCUCGAGUGUUUGGGGACUGUGUCUUAUUACCGACAAGAUUGUAAGUUUUUAGCCUUCGUUAAGACAAGUCUGAUGUGUCGCCAUGGCAACAAAGUAUAGACGAAAACAGAGUCAACCUCGCCGCAUCAUCAGAAAAAAUGAGGCAAGUAGCAGCUCGAAACCGUCCAUGUCUUAUGUGGUGUUAGGUGUACAAGACCCAGUCAGUGAGGAAGUGCCUGUGGCUGAGUCAGAAAUCAAGGAUAACCAUGUCACUCCUGCCACCAAAGAAAUGAACCCAGAUCAACAUCUGUCUCAAUCUGCUGUUGGCUUUGGUUCCAAAUCAUUGUCAGCUUUUUCCCAGGUAACCACAAAUUCAGAUGUUACCCACAGGAGUUUCCUGGAUGCUCAACUUGUCAGUCAUCAAGCACUUACAAGCAGUCCAUUUUAUUAUUUUCCACCUGGUAUGGAAAGUUUCCAAGUUUUGUCACCAAACAGUGUGAAUCAGGAGAUGUUGCAGGGUGCUGCCCUGUCAAACUUCACCGUCACACAGGAGAGUUUCCCGUGUUUACAUUGUGACCAAGUCUUCAACCAGCAAGCCGCCAGAGAAAUCCACAUUCAGAUGCGUCACAAUGGCCAGUUUUCAAUGGAGAGUAACUGUUCAGGUGGUGGUGAAGAAGGAGAGCUACAGUAUGACUGUGUGGAGUGUGGAAAAUCCUUUCAGCAUAAGUGGAAUCUUACUCAGCAUAUGAGAACACAUGUGUCCCAGAGUAAGGCUUUCCCUUGUCCUUAUUGUCACAAAGUGUUUUCCCAUGACUGUAACCGCAAAAUCCACAUGAGAGCACACACUGGGGAAAAGCCGUACAAGUGUGAAAUUUGUGGUCGCCAGUUUUCCCACAAACACAACAUGAGGGUUCACCUGCGGACACACACCCGAGAGAAGCCGUACCAGUGCCCAAACUGCAGCAAGGCCUUCUCCCACGUAAGUGCACUCAAGAUUCACGCUCGCGUUCACACUGGGGAAAAGCCGUAUACAUGCGACAUCUGUGGGAAGCCGUUUUCACACAGCAGCACUUUGAAUGUCCACAGGCGGCGCCACACAGGCGAAAAACCAUUCCAGUGCAACCUGUGCACAAAAACAUUUGCCAGAGACUGCAUUUUAAAAAAUCAUUUAAAAACUCAUGAAUUGUCAGUAAGUGGCUGUGACGACACAUGAGUUUGGUUUGUCAGUUUGUGAAUGGGCCAUCAUUAAAAAUAGAUUUCUCAGAAAAAAGGGCCUUGUGGUAAAUUAUUUAGUGCACUAUUGAUGCUUUUUUUUUCUUUUAAAUCCAUUUCUUUUUCAUUUGCCAAAAUAAGAAAGUAAUUUCUCUAUGGACUGGUUGACCCUAUUUUUCUAAUAGGAUUGUGUUACUCCCAACAAAGAAUGUUUUAAGAAUGGCCCUAUCACAGAAAAUGUGAACACUAGUUAUUGGUGAUUUCAUUCAUAAUUAUGAUCAACAUUUUGCUGAAUAAGUAGGUCAGAACGGAAUGUUAUGAUAGUUUACCACUUUUGGUAUUCUGUUGUAUGAUAAGCUGAAAAACUAAUACCUACUAGUAUGUUCUUGAGGGCAUUCUGGUGAAGAUUAGUCUUGAUAAAUUGAAUAAUUAGACAUUAUAAAUCAGUCAUUCCUGUGUCAGAUUAUAACAGGAAGUUUUGUGUUACAACAAGUUUGUACUGUCAUAACCAUGGAAACUUCAGUUCACAGUAAGUAUAAUGGUAUUUGUUGCUACAUGUAUUUGUAUUUUGAUAUCAAAAGGAACUAAGAAUGCUUACUGGGUUCAUUAACCCGAUUAUGAAAGCUGUUUUAUACUGAUGUAUAAUUGUAUUUAGUAUGUCGUCCUUAGUACUUCAUCUGUUACACAAAUUACACAGCUUAAAUCCUGAAGAGUCGAGUGUAUACUCAUUCAAUCUCAGUCUCACAAGUUUGUCAUGAGUUGUGUAUGCUUUGCUAGAUUUCAAGUCACAUUGUACCCUGCCAUGCCUUCUGUCUGUAUCCAUCCAUGCAUCCACAC